AUGCUCCUUGAAAUCUUCCAAAAGGACUUCGCUGGGUGGGGCAUUCAUACCUUCGCCAUAUUCUACCCACCAAUUCUUAGAAGAUUCAAGACAUUCCUCAUGCCAAGAGGAAUAUAUGUGGGAUGUGAGGCCAACAAACGAUCGACCAUCGCAUAG